AGCCUGACUUGCUCUUGCUCACCUUCCCAAGGAUGUCUGGUGAUCUUUCCCCUGUCAGCACAAGCCCUGGAGAGGAUGCCAAGGGUAGCAGCUUCUCGGAGGAAAGUAGUGUCCUAGGAGAGGACAGCCCAGACACGGGGCCGCUGGGUGCAGCGCUGCUGCUCGUGUAUCUCAUUGGGAUAGUGGGCAACAUCUACACAGUGGUGGUGGCCUCUGGAAGGGUGGUGAGCUGCUCAGCAGGCUCCUGGGGGAUCUAUGUCAUUAACCUUGCCCUGGCUGACCUCCUGUACCUGUCCACCAUCCCCUUCGUGGUCUGCACCAACUUUGCUGACGGCUGGUUCUUCGGGGGUGUGGGCUCCCAGCUUUUGCUCAGCCUGGACCUCCUCACCAUGCGUGCCAGCAUCUUCCUCCCGACUGCCAUGAGCCUGGAGAGAUACUGGGCGGUGUUCAGGCCAGUGGUGGCCUACUGGGCCUACUUCCUCCCUUUCUGGGCCUGGCAGCUGGCUGGGCUGUCAGGCAUUGGUCCUGCCACCCACACCUACCUCAACUUCAGUGACUGCCUGGCCCAUGGCAACAGUUCCAUCAACCCUUUUCUCUACACCCUGCUUGCUGGCAAUUACCACCGGCGCCCCAGCUGCAGCAGGAUGAGGGCAGCAUGGAUUCUGGCACCCUCUUUCCCCCAGGAGGCUGUGGGGGGCCUAGGAGGAGGCCAUGGUGUGACCGUGGCUUUUGAGGAAUUGUCAGGAUCUGUGGAGAACAGGAAGGGGUAA